UGGAGUGCAGUGGUGGUGUGUUCAGGGAAUGCUCCGGUGUUCUGAGCAGUGUGGACUUCCCGUCUCCUUACCCAAAGAGCUCUGAAUGUUUGUACAGGAUCGAGGUGGAGCAGGGCCUCAGGCUCCGCCUCUUUUUUGACCCCCACUUUGACGUGGAGGAUCAUCCCGACAUCAUCUGCCCGUACGACCACGUCAAGAUCAAAGCGGGCAGCACAGAGUUCGGUCCGUUCUGUGGAGAUCGAUCUCCAGGAGAGAUUCAGACCGACACAAACAUCAUCACUGUCGUCUUCCACAGCGACAACUCAGGAGACAACACGGGCUGGAGGAUCAAAUACACAUCUACAGGAAGUCAGUGUGUGGUCCCUGAAGCUCCGCCCCAUGCUUUGAUGAAUCCCCUCCAAUCAGUAUACUCCUUUAAGGAUCACAUGCUGUUCACCUGUGAGGAGGGAUACAGACUGCAGAAGGAUGCAGAGUACCUGGAUCAUUAUCAGGUAGUGUGUCAGGCUGACGGAGCGUGGAGCAGCAGUCCUCCUAACUGUACCAUGGUGGAUUGUGGGAGUCCAAAGGCCGUUGCCAUGGCAGAUUUGGUGUUUGAUAGUCAUGACAACAACACAAUGUUUGGAUCUACAGUUCAGUACGUGUGCAGAGAGGACGCCAUCAACGUUUCCUACAGCUGUGGGCCGAAAGGAGAGUGGGUCAGUUCAUCAGGAAGCAAACUGCCGAGCUGCAGGCCGGCCAACAGCUCAGCUUGUGGCCAGCCGGCUCGCUACCCCCCCCCUCAGGUGAAGCGGGUGGUGGGGGGCCGCAGUGCAGGGCCGGGCCUGUUCCCCUGGCAGGUCCUGCUCAGUGUGGAGGACCUGUCGCGGGUCCCUGAGGACCGCUGGUUUGGCUCUGGGGCCCUGCUGUCCGAGUCCUGGGUCCUAACAGCUGCCCAUGUCCUAAGGUCCCAAAGGAGGGACACCAGUGUGGUCCCUGUGGCCCCCCAACACAUCAAGGUGUCCCUUGGUCUCCAUGAUGCUGCAGACAGAGGGUCCUCUCUGAUUCGCUCGGUGAAGCUCCUCCUCCUCCAUCCAGACUUCCAACCAAACAACUACAACAACGACAUCGCGCUGCUGAAGCUGACGGAGCGAGUGGAGUUUACUGAGCUCAUCCGCCCUGUCUGCCUCCCCCCACUUCACAACAAGGGUGACCCCCCCGCUCCUCUCCCGAACUCUCUGGGUGUAGUUGCUGGUUGGGGAAUCUCCAACGACAACACCUCCUCCUCCUCCGGCGCCCCCCCCUCGCUGACCUCUGAUGUCCUGCAGUUUGUGAAGCUGCCGGUGGUUUCUCAGGACGAGUGUCAGGCGAGCUACGCCUCGCGCUCCAUCAGCUACAACAUCACCGACAACAUGUUCUGUGCCGGCUUCUUUGAGGGGGGGCGGGACACCUGCCUGGGGGACAGCGGGGGGGCAUUUGUGAUGGAGGACAGGGUCAGUCGGAGGUGGGUGGUGUUUGGGUUGGUGUCUUGGGGGGGGCCUGAGGAGUGUGGGAGUCAAAGGGUGUACGGGGUCUACACCCGCGUGGCUAAAUAUGUAGAGUGGAUACAGGAGCAGCUUCAUGCUGCCCCCUAGUGGUAAGACCAGGAAGUCCCAGAGGUCACAUGACCCCUGCUGAUACUACAAACAUGAGGUCUGAAGUUUUAUCACAACUGAAGCAUCCAUUGUCUGCAGCUGUGAUUGGUCCUCAGAGGGUUAGGGUUAGAAACCAUCAGUCAGACUCUCUGGAUGUCAGGUAGCAGUACCUGCUUUAUACCACCAGGGAGCGCGUUCAUACAGGACCUUCUUCUUUAAAGCACUGAGAAGUUUUCUGCAGUGUUCAGUUCUUUUAUUUUCUUUAAAUUUAAACCAAACUGCAGAGUUUCUGUGAUGUCACCAAAGAGCUGAGCUUCCUCCAUGUUGUUUCCCAGAAUGCUUUGCUACACUCACUGUAGAGUUAUUGUACUUUAAAUGACUCCUCGUCUUCACUGCAGCGCCCCCUUCAGGCUGCUCUGACACAUUGUCAUGUUGAUUAUAAUAAAAACAUGAAUGAACA